GGGGCGGGGCGGCGGCGGCGGCGGCCAAGGAAGGAGGAAGCGCGGGCCCGCGACGCGAAGACAGCGCGGCGGCCCCCGGCGUCCGGCCAUGGCCGCCGAGGGCUCCAGCGCGGGGUCCGCCUCCCCGGUCUGCCCCAAGGCCUCCCUGCCCCUGGCUGCUCUCAACGUGCGAGUGCGCCGCCGCCUGUCUCUGUUCCUGAACGUGCGCACGCAGGUGGCGGCCGACUGGACCGCGCUGGCCGAGGAGAUGGGCUUCGAGUACCUGGAGAUCCGGCACCUGGAGAUGCACGCCGACCCCACGGGCAAGCUGCUGGACGACUGGCAGGGACGCCCUGGCGCCUCGGUGGGCCGCCUGCUUGAGCUGCUCACCAAGCUGGGCCGAGACGACGUGUUGGUGGAACUGGGCCCCAGCAUCGAGGAGGACUGCCAAAAGUAUAUUCUGAAACAACAGCAGGAGGAGUCUGAGAAGCCCUUACAGGUGCCUGCUGUUGACAGCAGUGACCCACGGACACCAGAGCGAGGGGGCAUCACCAUGCUUGAUGAUCCCUCAGGGCAAAUGCCUGAGCGUUUUGAUGCCUUCAUCUGCUACUGCCCCAGCGAUAUCCAGUUUGUUCAGGAAAUGAUCCGGCAGCUGGAGCAGACAAACUAUCGGCUGAAGUUGUGUGUGUCUGAUCGUGAUGUCCUGCCUGGCACCUGUGUCUGGUCCAUUGCCAGCGAGCUCAUUGAGAAGAGGUGCCGCCGGAUGGUAGUGGUUGUCUCUGAUGAUUACCUGCAAAGCAGGGAAUGUGAUUUCCAGACUAAGUUUGCACUCAGUCUCUCUCCAGGUGCCCAUCAGAAGCGACUGAUCCCCAUCAAGUACAAGGCAAUGAAGAAAGAGUUCCCCAGCAUCCUGCGGUUCAUCACUGUCUGUGACUACACCAACCCCUGCACCAAGUCCUGGUUCUGGACUCGCCUCGCCAAGGCCCUGUCCCUGCCCUGAAGACUGCCCUGGGACCCUGGAACCCAACAUGCCAGCAUUUGUGCCUUCAGCGAACCAGAGCAAGAAAGAGAGCUGCUUGAACUCACAUAGCAAGAAAGCUGCAGAUGCAGUUCUUCCCUCCCAGGGGGUCUGUAUGCUUGUUAUCUUCAAGCUCUUCUCAGGGGAGAAAAUGUCAUGGUCUCAUAUCUCUGUCCCAGGGCAGACCCCAGGACCCUAAAUCUAAUAGAAAAUGUGUCUUUUCUACUCUACACCCAGCCAGGGCUGGGGGCAAGUUACCUUUUCUCAGGGUCUGGGGAGGGACUGGAAGCCCCUCUCUGCAUGAUCUUGACAAAGCACUUCGCUAACUGUGCACUUAUCCCCACUUUGGUAUGGGGGAAUAUAAUAUUUUUAAACAAUUUCAAAAAAGUAUCUUUCAUACCUAUUUUGUAUGCAUUGUGAAAAUUACAAAAAGAGCUGAGAUAAUGCCUAUGUUUGUUAUUUGUCUUCUGCAUCCUGCGUUUAUAAUAAAGAGUUCUCUACUUUUGGAA